AUGGCCGUCAAGAAUCGAGUGUUCCUAUUGGCACCGAUAGUCCUGGGCCUAUCGAUACUCUACGUCUUCCUAUCCAAGGGAGGGACAGAGCCAGCUGGACCCGUCCUGCCUGGCCGGAACAACACCGCUCUCUUCAUCACUACCGAAGCCAGCGGACUGUCCAAUGUGCACCUGGCGGCCACCACGUCGCUCCUGGAGAAGCAUCCUUCCGUCGAGAUUCACUUUGCCUCGUUCCCCAAGCUCCGUGAGAAGCUGGACCGCAUCUCCUCAGCCGCCGAGGGGAACACUCGGCCCAUUGAAUUUCAUGAGCUGCCGGGGCUGGACAUGACGAAUGCCGUCCUGCGAGAAUGGAAGAACUUUGACUACCUGAUCUCGCCUCCUGCGUUCCGUGGACUGAAGAAGACACUGAGAGACUAUGGAGUCAUCUCAACUUCUUGGGAACCCGAGGAGCACUACGCGAUCUACAAACGCCUCCUGGAGAUAGUCGAGGAGGUUGACCCCGCCAUUAUUGUCCUGGAUGCUGUCUUCGCACCCGCUGGGGACUUGGUCGCCAACGUCAACCGGCGAUUCACAUUUCUGAGUCCGAACACGGCAAAUGAGCUCUUUGCCAUGGAUCAACCAUGGGGCGCCGGCUUUUGGAAAUACCCUGCCCUCGCAUCGGGCUACCCAUACCCCGUUCCCUGGAACCUGGUGCCGUCCAACAUCUGGCUGCAGAUACGCAUGAUCAUCGGGCUCUUGACUAAUCCUCGCAUCGUUGCUAUGCAAAAGUAUCUAAAAGGGCGCGGGGUAAAGAACCCAAUCCAGCCGGGCUUCGGUGUCCCAGGAGUCCCUGCAAUCAUCGCAACAUUCCCCGAGGCUAAUUUGCCCCUUGAGGUGAUUCCCGACACGACGAGGUUCUGUGGCCCCGUCGUGGUAGAUGCCGCGACCGUCGAGGAGCAGGACCCGGAGCUUGCCUCGUGGCUGAAGCAGGGCCCGACGAUGAUGGUGAACCUGGGCAGCCUGGUUCAGUACUCCCAGGAACGAGCGUCGAUCAUGGUUGAGGCCAUCAGGAUCGUCCUGGCUUCGGCGGAGAACAGCCAGGUGCUCUGGAAAUUCCGCAAGGCAGAUAAGUAUGGUGAUGAAGUGUUCGAUCCGGUGAGAGAAUACAUCAGCAACGGGCGGCUCCGGGUCGAGACGUGGUUGAAUGUUGACCCAUCUCAUUGCUGCAAACGGGCAACAUUGCCGUCUCGGUCCAUCACGGUGGCGCUGGUUGUUUCCAUGAAGCUAUCUUUCAUUCUCCCCCUGUGGUUUGAUCUGUACAAUGCAGGCCGCACAGUAGAGUAUCUUGGCAUCGGCAUAUGGCCAGGGCAGGAAGUAACGCCAGAUUGGGAGGCAGAAUCACUGGCCAAGGGGUUCCUAGAGGCACUGACAGGAGAGUCGAGCAAAUCCAUGCAGAGCAAAGCCCGCUCUCUGGCAGAGACAGCCCGCAACUACGGGGGCCGCCACGCUGCAGCAAACUACAUAGCGGAGGCAGCUGCUCAGGGACAAGCGUCUGUAGAGGUGUAG